GUACAAUAAACAAUACUUGGCAAAUUCAUUGUACACUGGGUGUACAAAUCCGUUAAUCCAGUAUAAACCGGGUGUAUCCAGCGAAUUCACAUCUAUGCCUUUCUUGCCUCUCUAUCACAAAGCCACAAAGCGUGGGCUCGCCUCUCUAUAAAUACCAACUCACACGCUUCUCUUCCCAAAUCAAAGUUCGCGUCUGUUUGUCUCCCGUCUCUGGUUCCCUCCUCCAUCUUUCCAUACAGUGCCAAGGAAGAGGACAAGAGAUGGCAGACUGCAACGGCAAUUCAUCGGCCUCGUCGACUAUUGGAGAAGAGGCUUUCAUUGAGAAGAAGUAUGGAGGAAUUGCACCUAAGAAGCAUUUGAUUUCAAAGGAUCAUGAGCGCGCCUAUUUCGACUCUGCUGACUGGGUCCUUGGGAAGCAAGCUUCAAACAGCAGCAGUGCACGGGCUGGUAUCGAAUCCUUGAAGCCAAAGCUAAAGAGGACUCCUCAUCACCAGCUUCCCCCUCGCAAGCCGACCUGCGCGUCCAGCUGAGCCGGUACAGUAAGGCCUCACAGGGAGAUGCUGAAGUGAUCAGAAGAGAUGGAGAUUGUUGGGAUUAGUUAUUUAGUUUGUUGCAUUUGAUAGAGAAAAAAAAUCAGGAUUAAGCCCUGCAUUGGGCUUCUUGGUAGUUGCCGUAUAAGCUUGUCAGAAUAGGCUAGGCAUUGCCAUAUGAUCAUCGCUUUGAAAUUAAGUUAGAUGUCAUCCGGUUGAAGUAUUUUUCGUUGGGUAGAUCAAUGUAUCCGAUCCACUUGGGUUCUCUAUAUAUUAACCAAAAGAUUGAAAGUUUGGGAUGAAAAUGUCAAACUCUUUUGGAGGAAA